AUGGCUGUGGGACUGGUCGUGGAUUACUCCAUGCACAUGGCCCACAGCUUCGGGCUGCAAGAUGGAUCGCUGCCACGUGCCAAGCGUGCUGAGCUGGCCAUGAAGGAAAUGGGACAGCCUAUUUUCAUGGGUGUCAGCACAACCUUCUUGGCCAUCUUGCCUUUGGCAUUCUCAGCCAGUCAGGUUUUCCGCGUUUUCUUCAAGAUGUUCUUUGGCAUUGUCUUGGCAGGUGGUUCACACGGGCUGAUCUUCCUUCCUGUAUGCAUGUCCAUGUUUGGUCCCAGUGUGACGAACACUGACGCGGAGGGUGCUGCUCGCAAGGUCGCCGACGUUGAGACACUCUUCGAGGACUUGACCUUGUGGACUUGGUGGCACAGCCCACGUGUGCAGAUCCGAAAUCCCUGUGGACACCUUGGCUUCACCUGGAUGGCGAACAUGACCGACACACGCGUGAAGCUCUUCGAAAGCGUGGACCCCGCUUUCAUGGUCCAACUACGCGAUGACCCGGGCCUCUUCAUGAAGUUCACGAGCGACAUGCGGAGCAGGAUGAUCUUGCCACUGGACCCAGCGGCUAUCUGGUGCAAAGAGAACAGCUUCCGGAAAAUCUUGGAUUCCAUGAAUGUGAACUCAGCGGAGAGAUGCAGCAAGCUGACCUCCUGA